AUGCCCUGCGUCCGCACCGUCCUCGGCCUCCUGGCGGCUCUGGCGGCCUGCGGCGCCGUCGCCUUCCUCGGUUACUGCGUUUACUUCGACCGGAAGCGGCGUGGCGACCCCGCGUUCAGGCGCUGCCUGCGGGACAGAAGAAGAGCCCAGCAGCAGAAGGCUGCGGGACGGGGCGCCCAGUUGUGGGAUCCAGCAAAGAAUGAAAAAUUGCAAGAACUUUUUCUGCAAGAGGUACAAAUGGGACAACUUUGGUUAUCUAGAGGAGAGCAUCAGUUGGGGGUUGAACAUCUCAGCAAUGCCCUUUUAGUGUGUGGACAACCACAGGAACUUCUGAAGGUUUUCAAACUCACACUGCCUCCUCAGGUAUUUGAGAUGCUGUUACACAAAAUUCCCCUUAUUUGCCAGCAAUUUGAGGCAGACAUGAAUGAACAGGAAUACUUGGAGGACGAUCGUGAUUGA